AUGAAGUUGCAGGGUCUGUUCUUGGUGGUGGUGGUGGUUAUAUUCUUCCUUUCUUAUACGGUGCUGGUCAAGGGGCAACAUCAACCUCGCAAGGAUUGCCAAACUAAAUGUGGUAACGUCACAAUAGAGUAUCCUUUUGGCAUUUCUUCAGGUUGUCACUAUCCGGGAAAUGAAAGUUUCAGUAUCAUCUGUAAGGAAGAUAAGCCACAUGUCUUACGUGACAUUGAAGUGAAAAACUUUAAUCACAGCGGCCAGCUACGGGUUCUGCUUAACCGAUCCUCUGUUUGCCACAGCGACAAGCAAGGAAACGAAACAGAGUUCGGUUACAGCAAUCUUACACUGGAUAACUUAUCUCUCUCCGCCAACAAUAAGUUUACUGUAGUAGGCUGUAAUGUUUUAGGACUUGUGGGCACUUUUGAUAUCAUAAAGCAAAACUACACAACUGGAUGCGUGUCAUUAUGCGAUCAACCACCGUUGGAAAAUGGAAAUUGUGAAGGUGUAGGUUGCUGCAGAACACAAGUCUCUUUCCCCUCGGAUAGGAAUACAUUUCUAUUUGGCUCAGCUCACGUACCGGGCCUGCCUUCCGUGUAUAACUUCAAUCCUUGCGCCUACUCUUUUCUCGUUGAAGAUGGUAUGUUUGACUUCAGUUCUUCAGAAGAUCUUAAGAAUCUGCGGAAUGUCACGCAGUUCCCUGUGUCACUAGAUUGGUCUAUUGGAAACCAGACAUGUGAGCAAGCUGGAAGUACAAGAAUAUGUGGUGGGAACAGCACUUGUUUUGAUUCUACUCGUGGGAAGGGCUAUAACUGCAAAUGCAACAAAGGUUUUGAUGGGAAUCCAUACCUUUCAGACGGCUGCCAAGACAUUGAUGAGUGUACUAGUACUAUCCAUACACAUAACUGUUCGGGUUCCAGCACUUGUCAAAACAAAGUGGGACACUUCCUUUGUGUUUGCCCAUCUGGUUACGAUUUAAAUGCCACUUCCAAUGGCUGCGUGAUUAAAGAGAAGCCUGUGUACUUUGGAUGGACUCAAAUUUUUCUUGGAACCACCAUUGGAUUCUUGCUCGUCCUUCUUGGCGUUAGUUUUAUAAAACACAGGCUGAGGCGCCGGAAAUACACCGAGCUGCGACAACAAUUUUUCGAGAAAAAUGGUGGUGUCAUGUUGAGAGAGCGACUCUCACGCGCAGGGUCAUCAAAUGUUGAUGUCAAAAUUUUUACUGAGGAGUGCAUGAAGACAUCAACAAAUGGUUAUGACAAAAGCAGAAUCUUGGGUGAGGGAGGCCAAGGGACAGUCUACAAAGGGACAUUGCCGGACAACUCUAUUGUUGCUAUAAAGAAAGCUCGGCUCGGAGACAAUAGCCAAGUAGAACAAUUCAUUCGCGAAGUGCUCAUGCUUUCACAAAUCAACCACAGGAACGUGGUCAAGAUCUUGGGAUGUUGUCUAGAGACUGAAGUUCCCUUGUUGGUCUAUGAGUUCAUUACCAAUGGCACCCUUUUCGAUCAUUUGCACGGUUCUAUGUUUGAUUCUUCUCUUACAUGGGAACACCGUCUAAGGAUAGCAAUAGAAGUUGCUGGAACUCUAGCAUAUCUUCACUCCUCUGCUUCUAUUCCAAUAAUCCACAGGGAUGUCAAGACUGCUAAUAUUCUCUUAAAUGAAAACUUAACUGCAAAAGUAGCAGACUUUGGUGCUUCAAGGCUGAUACCAAUGGAUAAAGAGCAGCUCACAACUAUGGUGCAAGGCACUCUAGGUUACUUAGACCCAGAAUACUACACCACAGGGUUGCUGAACGAAAAAAGCGAUGUUUAUAGCUUUGGGGUAGUCCUCAUGGAACUGCUCUCAGGGCAAAAGGCACUGUGCUUUGAACGGCUAGAGACCUCGAAACAUAUAGUGAGUUACUUUGUUGCUGCCAUGAAAGAGGAUAGGUUGCAUGAGAUUAUUGAUAGCCAAGUGAUGAAUGAGUAUAAUCAGAGGGAGAUCCAUGAAGCUGCAAGAAUUGCUCUUGAGUGUACAAGACUGGUGGGAGAGGAAAGGCCAAGGAUGAAAGAAGUAGCCGCAGAGUUAGAGGCAUUGACAGUCAAAACAACCAAACAUAAGUGGUUGAAUCAGUAUAGUGAGGAUAAUGAACAGUUGCUUAGUGGUCACAUAUUGUCUGCACAAGGCGAUAUCAGUAGCCGUGGUUAUGACAGCAUCAUGAAUGUAGCACGUUUUGAUAUUGAAGCUGGCCGCUGAUAA